AUGUCGUGGCAGACGUACGUUGACGAGCAGCUGCUCUGCGACAUCGACGGCCAGCGCCUCACCGCCGCCGCCAUCCUCGGCCACGACGGCGCCGUCUGGGCGGAGUCUGAGUCCUUCCCCAAGGUCAAACCUGAAGAAAUUACUGCAGUAAUAAAUGACUUCGAUGAACCAGGCUCUUUGGCACCAACUGGAUUAUUCCUUGGUGGUACAAAGUACAUGGUUAUUCAAGGUGAACCUGGGGCUGUCAUUCGGGGCAAAAAGGGGUCAGGAGGGGUUACAAUCAAGAAGACGAGUCUAGCCAUCAUCAUUGGAAUUUACGAGGAACCAAUGACUCCUGGACAGUGCAACAUGGUGGUGGAGAGGCUCGGUGAUUACCUUCUUGAGCAGGGCUUCUGA